CAAAAGCUCUAUAGAUCAUUUGGCUAUCAGGCACAGCUAUAAAACGUUUCGGCAGGCAGGCACAAACAACAGCAGUGCAAACGGGAACAGGAUUGGACAUCGACAUGGGCAGAAUCAUCUUCUACGAGGACAGGAACUUCCAGGGUCGUUCAUAUGAGACCAGCAGUGACUGUGCUGAGUUAACCUCCUUCCUGAGCCGCUGCAACUCAUGCAGGGUGGAGAGUGGUUGUUUUAUGGUCUACGAGCGGCCCAAUUUUGCAGGCCACCAGGUGCUGGUCCGCAGGGGAGAGUACCCUGACAACCAGCGCCUGAUGGGAAUCGGCAUGAGCGACUGCAUCCGUUCCUGCCGCAUGAUCCCCAUGCACCGUGGUCCGUUCAGGAUGAAGAUCUUUGAAAGAGAAAACUUUCAAGGUCAAAUGAACGAGCUGCUGGAUGACUGCGAAAACAUUUUGGACGCCCUACGCAUGUCCGAGUGCCUGUCCGUCCAGGUGUUGGAAGGUCACUGGCUGCUGUACGAGCAGCCCCACUACAGGGGCAGAAUGAUCUACCUGAGGCCCGGAGAGUACAGGAGCAUAAGAGACAUGGGGACAGGUCCGAUUGACAUGAGAAUCGAGUCUGUCAGACGCAUCACAGAAACUUGUUAA